CAAAACAAGAAAGAUUAAUUGCAUAUAUUCCACAAUCAAUUCAACAUUUCAAAAGCUUUGAAUCCAUCAAACAACUCGUGGCUUUGAACCUGGAAAGAAAAAGGUACAAUACCAAAAGCUUUGAAUCAAGAACUCCCCAUUUGUUCUGUCCUUGACGUACCUUACAAGAUUGACUUCCAUUUUUUUUUGGGUCUAUAUAAGUGAGGGGGUCUCUGGAGUCAGACACACAAAUCUAACUAACCAAAACUGAGCGAGAGAGAGAUAUUUUGUUGAACCCUUUGAUUCCUAUGGGUUUAUCCCUUUCAGUACUUGUUUCUGCCUGUCGACAAAUUGUGAAACGUAGUGUCCUUCUGGGGUUCAAUAGAUUAAGGUCUAAAGGAACUGGGGUGAGCUUGAAGAAGAGCAAUUCGAUUCGAUCGAUAAGUUCUGGGAAUUCAAAAUGUUUGGAGAAUUGCAGACCUGAAAAGAUUGUGCUUGAUAGGAACUUGUCAUUCACAAGUCUAGUUCAGGACAAACCAAAUGUCCAACAGGGGUUGUUACAUAAACCGAUUCCGGCUCUUUCCGUUCCUGAACCGGUUGUGUUUUUCUCGCCGAGACCGGUCAGCGAGCUUGAUGCUGCUGCAGUUAAGCUUCAGAAGGUGUAUGAGCUUCGAUCGAUAAGUUCUGGGAAUUCAAAAUGUUUGGAGAAUUGCAGACCUGAAAAGAUUGUGCUUGAUAGGAACUUGUCAUUCACAAGUCUAGUUCAGGACAAACCAAAUGUCCAACAAGGGUUGUUACAUAAACCGAUUCCGGCUCUUUCCGUUCCUGAACCGGUUGUGUUUUUCUCUCCGAGACCGGUCAGCGAGCUUGAUGCCGCUGCAGUUAAGCUUCAGAAGGUGUAUAAGAGUUACCGGACCCGAAGAAACCUUGCCGAUUGUGCUGUCGUGGUUGAGGAGCUAUGGUGGAAGGCAUUGGACUUUGCGGCUUUGAAAAGAAGUUCUGUGUCGUUCUUCAAUGAUGAAAAGCCAGAAAAUGCCGUUUCAAAAUGGGCGAGGGCAAAGACAAGAGCUGCCAAGGUGGGGAAGGGUUUGUCCAAACAUGAGAAGGCUCAAAAGCUUGCUCUACAGCACUGGCUUGAAGCUAUUGAUCCGCGCCACCGUUAUGGACACAAUUUACAUAUGUACUAUGAUAUCUGGUUUGAGAGCGAGAGCACACAACCCUUCUUCUACUGGUUGGAUGUCGGCGAUGGUAAGGAAGUGAAUAUUGAGAAAUGUCCGCGGACUGUAUUACAACGGCAAUGCAUCAAAUACCUUGGACCAAAAGAAAGGGAAGCAUAUGAAGUAGUAGUGGAAAAUGGGAGGCUAGUGUACAGAGAAAGUGGAGUGGUGGUUGAUACAAUUGAAGGUUCCAAGUGGAUAUUUGUUCUGAGCACAACAAGGUCUCUGUAUGUUGGGCAGAAGAAGAAGGGUUUGUUUCAGCAUUCAAGUUUUCUUUCUGGUGGCGCCACCACCGCCGCCGGAAGAUUGGUGGCCCAUGAUGGCAUUCUUGAGGCUAUAUGGCCUUACAGUGGUCACUAUCACCCUACAGAAGAGAACUUCAUGGAAUUCAUCUCUUUUCUUGAAGAAAAUCGUGUCGAUCUCUCCAACGUUAAGAGAUGUGCAAUAGAUGAUGACUCUGCCUUUAAGGACACGAACGAGGAACCAAAACCGGAGGGACUGGUGGGUCCUGCUAAGAGAUCGGACGGUGGAAAUAAUACUGCGGAUGUAGAUGAUGGCGCCAAGAAGAUCAACAUUACAAUGGGCCAUCAAGAUGUCAACACGGAAGCGCCAGUGUUUGAUUAUUCAAAACGCUUACCGUGUAAGUGGACCACGGGCGCUGGGCCCCGCAUUGGGUGUGUCCGGGACUACCCUGUUGAGCUACAAUCGAGAGCACUGGAACAACUUAACCUGUCACCUAGGAUUCCUCCUAGGCCCAUGAGUUGUCGUGGCCCAAUUCCUUCACCAAGGCCGAGCCCAAAAGUCCGGAUCUCUCCCAGGCUUGCCUAUAUGGGCCUUCCAAGCCCAAGAACCUCAAUUCCGGUUCAGUAAUGGAUUUCCAACAAGUAUGGAUAGACAAAAUAAAGGCUCUAACUUCCAUUCUUUUGGUUCUUGUAAUUUUUUUUCUCAUAUGGCUUAAUUAACCGACCCAAAUGAUUUUUGUAACCCAUUGGUUCCUAAAUUUUGUAAUGGGUCCCUGUGUUACUGUGUAUUCUUUACUGUAAACAGAAAAUCUCGCUCUCAAAUUAUUAAUGAAGUGUUGCCUUCUUUUUUCUC